CCCCUCUGAGCGACAGCGUUAGUUGCAGAGAGUCAAGGUGGUCAUCACCUUCUGUUGGCAAGCCUUCGGCAACGAUACUACUAUACCUCAUGGUUAUUUUCGCAUAUUACCAUCAGACGCCGUUGUGGCUUGAUGGCAAUGGACGUUUGUUUCAGGACCAAUAAUAUCCUAACUGCUGCGCUAAGGUCCUAUCAAGUUCUUGGCCAAGACCCCUUCGCCCUUGAAAGCCAAGGCUAUUUCAACUUCAUAGCCGCGACUGAUACGUCCUGUUGCGCCAAGACCGAACAAGGUUUGUCGACUAUAACCCGUAGUGAGAACCCCCGUGGCUUACUAUGUGCGCACCUUUCAAGGGCUGCACCAAAUCCAAUUGACCUUGGCCGUCAAGACUAUUCCACCUUGGUUGCCAAGGUUGCAUGGCCUUGUGGUCAAGAAAGAUGCGACUCCUUGCCAAGAGAUAUUCAGCACACUGGCAAAUAUCGCGAAGCAGCACGACACGGUUCAACCCAGCGCCAAGAAUGUAAGUAUACCGAGUUGAGCUUUGCGGAAUAUCUGCGACCUUGGCAAAAUUUCACUGCGACCCUGGAUGGCUUAGGGCAAAAGCUACGUAAGCUGAGCUACGCACUGCUUUGCGCUUCUUGGCGUGCCCAUGGCCAUCCCGUUGAAGUAACUUGGUGUCCCUCUCUAAAUCAUAUGUGACGAUGCCAAGCGCAGAGCAUUGAGACUGACCAAAUCCGAUUGUGGCCACCAAGUCACCCAAUCCACUUGGCUCUGCUGAACCGUGCGUGGUUGACACGAAUAGCAACCUCGAAAAUUGAGUCCUUCACUCGGCCAAUGGAAGAAU